UAGUUAUCCUCGAGCUAGCUUUUUCCGCGUCGAGAAAAGUGACAGCGGGACACUCCAUUCGAGCACAUCGCGUCUUUCCUCCUUCUCAGGACUUACCUGGAAGCCGGAAAAAGCUGCAGCAAUCACAUUGUAGCUUUCAGUAGCCGCUAUAGUUCUGGAGAAUAUAUUAAUUCCCUCUCCCGUCGAUAAAAUAAUCCAGAAACUUCAAACUCCGGAAGAAAAUGAACGAGAGCGAACUGAAUCUUUUUGAUUUUGAGCGACGUUUCGAUGAAACUCGAGCUCUGGAAUGGAUGCAAGAAAACUGGAGCAAGUCAUUCAUAUUUUGUGGCCUGUAUGCUGCGCUCGUGUUCGGAGGCCGACACUUUAUGAGGGAAAGGCCGAAGCUGAACCUGCGUCGACCUUUGGCAUUGUGGUCGCUGAGCCUCGCCAUUUUCAGUAUUAUUGGAGCGGUCAGGACUGGGAAAUACAUGAUGCACAUUAUCACGAAGAGCGGCUUCAAACAGUCCGUGUGUGACAAUAGUUUCUAUAAUGCACCCAUCACCAAGUUCUGGUCCUACGCUUUUGCUAUUAGCAAGGCCCCUGAGCUCGGAGACACAGCGUUCAUCAUCCUGCGAAAGCAGCGCCUCAUCUUCCUGCACUGGUACCACCACAUCACCGUGCUGCUUUACUCCUGGUUCUCCUACAAGGACCUGGUGGCGGGCGGCGGCUGGUUCAUGACCAUGAACUACAUGGUUCACUCCAUCAUGUACACAUAUUAUGCAGCCCGGGCAGCUGGACUGCGGGUGCCCCGGCCACUCGCCAUGAUUAUCACUACGGCCCAGAUCCUCCAGAUGGUAAUGGGCCUGGCUGUGCUAGGCUUAGUGUACAUGUGGAUGCAUGAAGUGCACUGUCCCUCCAACAUGGAGAACAUCACAUGGGGCACACUCAUGUAUCUCAGCUAUCUGGUGCUGUUUGCGUCCUUCUUUUACAACAGCUACGUAAAGGAUCCAUCCAGAGACAAAGGAUCCAAGGCAGAGUAAUGUCUUAGAAGUAGUUUACUGACCGUUUACUGUUUUUCUCACUUUUAUCAGCCUCUGCUUCUUAAAGCAGCGAUACAUCAGCAACAAUAGACAGCUAGGAACAGGAGAAACAUACAGGUCAUUCUGAUAUAAGCUCACAAGUAUUUGGAAGUAAAGUAUGAGGAAUGAUCAAGGAAGAAGAUAAACAAGCAUUGUGAUAGGGCUCCAUCCAAAAUUUUGCCUUGGUGACUCUCCACCAACAUCUGCUAUGAACAUGUAAUGGCCAAAUAUUUGUGAAAUGUGUUCAGCAAAUGUUUGUGGUCAUAUGCUGUAAUAAAAACAGCCUUAAUGUAACUUAAAAAACAACAACUGUGAGAUAGGGAACAAAGGCACUUACUAAUUUUAUGUUCUUUAAGGAAAUGUUCUGUUUUAUUUAUUCAAGCUUGUUAGUUGAGAGCCUUAGUGUAACCUAUGAUUGGAAAAGCUUGAAUCUACAACUUUAACACAAAUUUAUAUAUUAUUGUUUCUAGUUACUUUAAUCCAUGAAUGAUCAGAGAUACUUUAUCCAUUCUAUCCAGUUCUAACGAUUUUGCCUAUCCACCGUCCAAAUUUUUGCUUGUUUAUAUUUGAGCGCAGUUCAUCAGAUAUGUUUUAAUAAGAAGAUUCUGUUAAACACAAGUUAUGAGUGUUUUUUGUUUACAUUUCUGUAUUCGUGACCCAAAGAAUUGAUUGGUUUCCCAUUUUAGUGAAGUAAAUAUUUUGCUUCACUAAAGUGGUAAACUAGAAUUGAUAUUUUUCCGAAUAUUUUCCUUCUGUUACAGCUGUUAUCAAUAUGAUUAGUAUCUCUGGUAAGAUUUUAGGAACCGUCUAAGUUGAUAUUUAACACAUAAAAGACAAAGUAGAAAAAUAAUCUUAAAAGAUGCAGACUUGUUGAUUGAGAGGAAAUUGUAUUUAAUAAAAACAGCAGGAUGUUGAUCUUCUAACACAUCCGCAGCCAGAGUUUCUCACUUACAGCAAAAAUAUCAUAAUUAUUUUUUGUCAGCAAGGAAAUCCUGCUUAUGCAAAACUGCUGCUUAUUCAGAUUAAAUGCAUGCAGUAUUUUUCCAUUUAAAGAAGAAAAUAAGUUCACACUUGCAAAUUUGAAUGUAUCAAAAAUAAUUCAAGUUGCGAUUUUUUUUUUUUUUUUUUUUUUUGUCGGUUCCAAUUUUGUUGUGAUCAUUUGCAGGCGAAUUUGGAACUGAUAGACACUUAUGGGUAAAUAUUAUCCAAACGUUUCUGCUUCUUACUGACCAGACCCAAUUUCUUUAGAAGGUGUUGAAAUGUAAACUCUCUUCUCUGGUUAGAGAAAAUAGCCAGUUAAAAAAAUAAACCCUAGAAAUAAUUUAAGACACUAGGUACGUUUUAACUAAUAAACUUCAGGUGAACAUGAAAUAAAUUCUUAGAUUCUAAAAUAUGGUGCAAUGUCUGUUCAAAUUCAAGGGACUCAAUGAUUUUGGCUUUGUCGAUGCUUCUUUUAGCGCACUCCUUAGAUUGUUUCCUCCCAAAAAUCUUUUUGGCCGUUGAGUUUUCACUUUGACAAUUCAGGAUGAAUGUCUGACGAACGGAUAGAAACCGUGCCGAUGCUUUUGAUUUUAGAACACUCCCAUAGCGCAAAUAUGGUGUGAGCUUGUAUGAUGAAGUGAAUACAUUUUCAUAUGUUUUGUCAAGUACACUAUGACACAUUACAAGAAGUGCAUUCUUUGAUACCUUCACAUUGGAAAGUGUUUCUAAACAAAAAUAUUUUCAUAUUGAUAACGGGAUCAAAAUCGUUUUUUUUUUUGUUUGUUUUUGUUUUUUUAGUGUUGAAUGUUCGUAGUUAAUAAUUUAUAGAUUUUACAUUUGUUUUCUUACCUUAACAUGGCUGUAAAGGAACGAGGUGUAUUGAAAGACGAGUUUAGAAAUUUUUGGAACUGUAUAAGACGAAGCUUUGAAGGAGAACUCUGAAUUUAGCCCAACAUUAACAUGAUGAAAUAAGGUCACAAAUGCUAGUAAAACCAUUGGACUCUUCUUUUCAAAGUCUUUAAUUUCUGCGUGAUAUGCACUAAAAGAGAAUGACAGUGUAGCAGUAAGCAGUCAUAUUAAAAACAUACGCAUCACAAAAGCACUGAUAAGCUUUCGUAGGGUGAUCACUUUUCUACCGCUGGCACUGCGCAGCUUUUUAUGCUUUGUCUCUUAGACCAAAACCUUAACUGGUGUUUCACGUUUUGCCUUCAAAAUUCAACACCAAGGAAUUUCCUAAGUUUAGUCUGUGAGAAAAACAAGGAAUAUUUUACCAUUAAACACCUUUUAAAAAAAUGUAAAACAAAGUUGAAUGUGAGUCUUGUUCACAGUAAAUUUUGCUGCCUUGUUGUCCCUGGAGUAAACUCCAAAAGUCAAAGCUUCAGUUUUGCAGGUUUUGCAAGUUCUCAUUCUAUUUUAUAAAAAUAUUGUUGUACUUACUUCUACUUUGAGGAUGUUUUUUUUGGUUUUGCAUUGAAUUAUUUCCACUCUUAUUUUUAAAAAAAGCGUUUCUGUGAAAUAUACAAAUUGUAAUUUAAAGAAAAAAUAAAGUUAAAGGGCUUCUGGUUGCAA